AAACAAACAUCUGUCAGUCUGCUGACAGGACGGAUCCCUGUCCUUGGUCCAUGUUUCUUUUUUUAGAGAAUAAUCGUUGCAGAUGACAGCAUCGAGGCUCCCAGUAGAGGUGGUGACCCACAUCAUGAAGUACCUGUCUCUGUCGGACAGGAAAGAUGCAGCUCUGGUGUGUCGUACGUGGUACGAGGCGUUCCUUGACCCCAUCCUGCAACGCGACAUCAUCCUGCAUUUCUAUGCAUCAACUGCCGCAAGAACAGGAAAGGACAUUUCCAGUCUCUAUAAGAGGCGCCUUCCCCAUCUGAUUUUAAAUGAUUUUGAUUCAUCGUUGGAAGCGAAAGCAGUGGUUUUAAAGUCGUGUGAGCAUUUUGGAGAAAACUUGAAAAGUUUGUCGCUUAAAGGGAGCAACCUGACUGAGAGAACAUUUGUUGAACUUAUGUCAAAUUGCAAAAACCUUGUGAGCUUAGAUUUGAGUUGCUGCAAUUCGCUGUUCAUGUCAGGUACUUUACUUGAAUUGAAUUCUGAUCUGCAGGUCUUGAAGAAUGUUCUUGGAAAUGUACAGGAGGUCAAUCUGUCGUCGAUUCGGCACAUAUCUGAUGUGACUUUUAACAGAAUAAUGACAGUAUGUGAGAAUGUUGAAAAACUGGCAUUGUGUUCGGCUCCUAUAGUGUUUUCAAAUACGUUAUUCCAGCAGUCAAGACAUACAAGGUUUGCCAAUAGCUCAGUACUUACUUUCUCAAACAUAAUGGACUUUGUCAUCACUCAGCAAUGCUUGAAGUCACUGAACCUUUCUAGGACUCUGAUUGAUGAUGAUCAUCUUGAGACAAUUGUGUCAAUAAAGGAACUUCAUCUUGAAGAACUAAUUUUGGUUGGGUGUCGUAAUGUCAGUGACGAAGGAAUAGCAAGUGUGUGCAAACACCAACAUGGUCUUGCGUUGCUAGAUAUAAGAGAAUGCCCAGAUCUUACAAAUGGUGCUUUAAUGGCCAUCUCAGCUUCACUUCGCAAUUUGAGACAUCUUUUUGCACAGAAGUGUAAAUUGCUUUCAGAUGCAUCAAUGGCCUGUUUGCACAAACUGACGUCUCUUCAGACAUUAGACAUCUCUGAGUGUCAUCAGGUGACAUCCGAAGGUCUGAUUGCCGGCUUAUGUACAAAACCAUUGACACAGUUGACAUGUUUAAAUGUUAGUUGCACAGAGGCAAGUGAUAGUUUUGUGGAAAUGGCAUGUGAAUCGCUGCCAUUGUUGACCCAACUAGACCUCAGCUCUUGCUUCAAGGUCACUGAUGUGGGUCUACAUGCUAUCGCCAAGCACCUUAAGUAUUUGCGAUAUCUGCGACUAGCAUUCUGCAAUGAGAUUACGGACCUGGGCUUGCUUGGUUUGCAGCCUCAGCCAGGACACAUCAUCAUGGGAGACACUGAAAACAUGGUCACAAGGAAGUACCCAUCAACAGUGAUUUUCAAGGCACCAAACAAAAUAGAUCGUUCGGGGAUUGUUACUAAUGGUACCCCAGGAUGCAUUUCCACCUCCACACCGGUAGCAAUCAGUAACUUAGCUGGCCUGAGAUCCUUAGACCUAACUGCUUGCAAAAAAUUGACCGACGUUGGUUUAAUGCAAACAAUAAAAUUUGCAGAAUUACGAUUUCUUGGUCUUGGAAUUCUCAAUGACCUGAGUGAUGAAGGCUUAAUAUGCUUAGUUUAUCAGAAUCCAAGCUUAGAGGAGUUGGAUGUUAUUCAGUGCAAUAAUAUUACAGACGAUUCAAUUGAGGUGGUUACAAGACAUCUGAAGAGACUGAGAGUGCUGAAUGUGAAGGCUUGUAGUCAGUUAACGGACCGCUCAGUGGGCCACAUCAAAAGGAACUGUAAGAAUCUGAGGCAUCUGGACGUGUCAUUCUGCGGAGGGAUAUCCCACGAGGCAAUGGAUGACCUUGAGUUGACCUUGACCUCCCUCUUGUCAGUUCAGAAACGUAUGAUAGGGUCAUAAAUAACGCCUCAUAAGUCAUUACCAUCAGUUGCAAAACUGCCCGUCUAGACUUAAGAUGGAGUCAGACAGGCUUGAUGGAGUAUUUAAAGUUGUGUCCAGCCAGUUUGUUACUGUCCUAAGAUCACUUUGAUCUGAGUCAAAAUGUUAGUGUCAUACAUGUGCACUAACUUUCAUGCACUUUUAAGUAAAGUAUAAAGUCACAUUUGGUACCAUAUUUUCACAUAAACCAGUUAUAGAUUUAAUUAAGGGCCAUCUGUUGCAUGAGACAUAUAUGUUAUAAAUAAAAUUAACAGAGGGGAUGGCAGCUGAAUCAAGAAUGCAUUAAGGCUUUCAAAGUUUAUUAUCAUUUGAUAUUACUUUUUAAAUAGCUGAAAUGUUUCCAGUAAAUAUCCAAUACAAUUUUUUUAAAUAUUGACUGUAUCUCAUGUUAAAACAUGAAGUGGAUUACUGUGGCAAUCAUUUACUUGGUUAUGUAGAAUUUCUUUUAUCAUAAGCUCAACUGAACACGUAGUGAGCUAUGGUGUUGGGGCCUCCUGUGCCCAGGGUAUGAUGCUUCAACUAGUAUUUUGUUCAAACAACAUUUUCUCCUAACCUGUAAAGCAGAUUUAAAGUCCACUUUCCAUUUUAUUUGUUAUAUAAUCUAGAGAUACAUGUUUUAACUCUGUUUUCAUAUUUGUUCAUUUUUUCAUGAAAUAUACACAGAAGAUUUGUCAGAAUUAAAUUAAUUUUUUAUUAAUGAUUAUCAUUGCAGUGUGUGACAUGCCCAUGGUUCAUCAUUGUGUGACAUGCCCAUGGUUCAUUAUUGUGUGACAUGCCCAUGGUUCAUCAUUGUGUGACAUGCCCAUGGUUCAUCAUUGUGUGACAUGCCCAUGGUUCAUCAUUGUGUGACAUGCCCAUGGUUCAUUAUUGUGUGUCUUUUUUAAUAUAUCAGUCAAGUCACGAUCAUAUGUGAUCAUUUCUGUUGUUAAAUAUUUGGCCAUUUUUCAUAAGUUCCCAAGAGUUUUGGUGUUGUUCCCAUUUUGUGUACAAUUAUUUAAUCUAGAUAUGUUCACGGCACGUGAUAUACAUGUACUUGGUAUACAUGUAUAUGACACAUGAAUCACUGUACACAAUAUACUAAUGGUGAAGCUCUUGGCUUAUAACACAACAUAGGUAUUGAUAGUAUAGUAGAUAACAUGAAAGGCCACUGAUAAAUUUUUGAAGUCCCUUGUCAUAUAAAGUUUUUAAGUUAAUGUCAAUGGAGCGACUUAAUUAAAUGCUGUAUUCUCUCUUGUUGACAAUUUUACAUAUACAUGUAUGAUAAUAAUGUUGUUAUCAGUACAAAUUUGUAUUUAGCAUGGAAUAAUUCUUUCAAUUCCAUUCAUUUAAAUACAUUUUCCUUUUUUCUUUAGGAAUUUAAGUAAAUAACCAAUAGCAUUUGCAUUGGUAGCUUUUAAAUAUUAACCCUUUGCAUGCUGGGAAAUUUGUUGUCCGCUAAAAUGUCGUCUGCUGAAUUUUUUUAAUUAGCUUUUCCUUCGAUUUUUUUCAAAGGAUACUAUCAGAAUAGCAAACAGUUUGGAUCCUGAUGAGACGCCACGUUCUGCGGCGUCUCAUCUGGAUCCAAACUGUUUGCAAGGGCCUUCAAAAUUCGGUUCCAGCAGUGAAAGAGUUAAUAAAAAAAUCAUAUUCAGUCUUAAGGCCUACUAUCUGCUGUUAGUGACUACAAAUGGAGCGAAGGUAGGAUUUAAUUUUAAUGAGAUUGCUUUACAUGUAUUAAUGACUGAUCUUGUUUUAUUGGUACACAGAUCUAAAGUUCAGUAUCAUUAUUUGUUAACAAUACGCCACUAUUUGUAUAGCUUUAUAUUUGUUUCACAUUUUUGUUACAAAGAUCUUCAUUCGAUUUUAUAAUUGUAUGUCUAAUGAUUUUUUUCAGUUCAAGUUAUAGAACUGUUGAAUGUUAUACAUUUAAAUUUGAUAUUAAUUGAUAUAGCCAAGAUUUUACCCAUAACUUUUACAACACAAUAUUGUGAUUACCAACUGGUGAUAUUGUACGCAUUCCACAUUUUUUUUUCAAAAUUCUCUCACAGAGUUUUAUUGCUGUUGAUCUUUUUGAUCAAAUGAAGUAAGUGCCACAAAAUAUGUCCAUCCCUAAAUGCCACUCAAUGAGUGUUGAGUGGCAAGUCAUAUUAAUUUAUUUAAAAAAAAAUAACUACAUAAAAUAACAAAGGGCAAUAACUCUAUGAAUAGAGAAUUUGAAGUUAUGGUUGUUGUCCACUGGUCAUGCCCUUCCAAUUAAAUUUCAAGUUGAUACAUUGUACCUGUUUUAGUUUUUAGCUUGGCUGUUUUUGGAGAAAACCCAAGGUAUUGUCAUAGCCAGCUCGUCGUGUCUUUCCGCUGUGCGCGUCGUGCUAAAACCUUAACAUUUUGUUAACCUUUUGAACAUUGGCUCUAAAAUCAAAGUGCUUCCACCUACAACUUUGAAACUUCAUAUGUAGCUGCACCUUGAUGAGUUUUACAUGCCACACCCAUGUUUAGGUCACUAGGUCAAAGGUCAAGGUCACUGUGACCUCUUAAAUUAUUUUUUUUUACAAGCUUUCAUUUAUUCAAAACUGCAUCCGCAGCCAAGCGUUGGCACUCGUUAUGCGGUGCUCUUGUUUAAGAGCAGUGAUCCGAUUGCCUCUUUAAACCUGGUCAUGGGUGUGGCUGCUAUUCCUGUGACAAAGUGGUGAGGUGGUGUUUUAUAACAAAGAUUAUUAGCCAGACUAUGUGCACCAAAUAGUCCAACUAUACCACUUACCAGUGUGUAUUUUUCACAAUUCUUAGAAUGUGGUCAGCAUGCUUUUGGAUUGGAAAAAAAGUUUUGUAAACUUAAAUUGUAAAAGUGGUUUUGCAUUUUUUUGUUUGGGAAAAAUACUUAAAAAUUGAUAAUUAAAGUGUUUUCACUAUUAUAUUUACUACGCCUCAACUCAAUGAGUUGAAUGGGAAAAUGUACUAAAUAUGUAAAUAUAAUUAAUUUCUUUCUUUAAUUUUGGAAACCUUCAAUAUCGAAUAUUUGAGUCGGUCUUUUGGGAAAAUAUACGUUUUUGAGAUUAGGAAUGGGUCCAAAAUGUAUGCCUCUUGGUUAUUAAAAACUCCUUAGCUGUAUGUUGGCAUCUGUGACAGUUUUUGAGUCACUGUAAUCUUAAGGUAUGACACAUGUUUAAAAUGAUUGUGGUUUGUUUAAAAACAUCGCUGUGAAGUGAUGAGCACAAUAAAAUUCUGAAACCUU